GUUGUUAUUUUGAGUUCAUGAAAAGGGUUUGGUCGUUUUAAGGUUUGGUCUUCCAGUAGUCAUGGACAUGGACAUGUAAAGGACGACAUUCCAAUCAAAGAAAUGCUUGGAUUUGUCUAGAGAUUUGUAUGUGGACUUAUUAAAUCAAUAAGCAAUCAUACUGGCUUUGAUCUCUUCUGCCAUGUAUGGUUUCUGAUUGAUUAUAUUUUGCUUUUCAAGGGAGCAUCUGCUUUCUGCCUGCCUGCCAGCCAUAAAUGGCUAUUCGUAUAAAUUCCUGUUCUUCUUCCUCCUCGAGUGCCUUUUCUGCAAUAUAUUCUGCUAGUCUUGAGGCAAUUCCUGCAAGAGUUUGCUUCUCCUCCUGGAAUUCUAAGAAUUACUCAAAAAUUCAACAAAACAGGCAUUUUCAGAUAAAAGCAUCAAAUGUUCAGCCAUUAAAUGCUGCAUCUUUGCGAGCCGGUGUAUGCGCAAGUUCUCCGGCCAUAGAAGAUGUCGAAACUCCAGCUAAAAAACUUUUAGAAACAGAAAAAUCAAAGUCUGCUGAUCUCAGUAUUAUUGUUGUUGGAGCAUCAGGGGAGCUUGCCAGGAACAAGAUCUUUCCAGCUCUGUUUGCUCUUUUCUGCGGAAAUCGCCUACCUAAGAAUAUCACAAUUUUCGGCUAUGCAAGGAGUACAAUGACCAAUGAGGAGCUGAGGAACUUGAUUAGCACGAGUUUGACUUGUAGAAUAGACAAUAGGUAUACAUUAUCAUCAAGACUAGAAAAGUUUUUUAUUGAGCAAGUGUUAACCAAAAGCUUGUAUUCCACUAUAACAAAAAGUCUAAGAGAUCGUGUCAUGGGCGGACUCUAGUGAGAGAGUCCGACUCGACCUAGAAUCCUUUAGAAAACUAAGAGAAUAAGUCAUAUUAUAACUAAGCUGACUUACAUCUAUUGAGUUCUACUUCUAGUAGGACAUGAAGACUAUCAAUAUCUAUAUAUGGAAUGGAGAUAACACGUCACAGGUAGA